AUGAUCAAUGACAAUAAUGAAGACAGCUUACAUCUGGAAAAAUCUAUGGAAAUCCGCGCAAUCCACUUAUUAUACAACCAAAACACAGAACAUUUAUCCCAUAGCAAUUCUAUAAUAACAGCCCACUACUCUUCCUGAAACUUUGUGCCAAAAAAUAUUUUUGAACAAUUCCACCAGUUAUGAUACGUUUGGUUUUUGUUUAUUUUGAUUCUUGAAUUAUCUUAUUAUGGACGCAUAGAGAAUUCUCUUUUAGUUUUGCUUCCAUUUUGCAUUUUACUCAUAUUAAGGCUCUUGUCAGACGGAUACUUCGAUAUAAGGAGACAUAAGUUUGAUAAUGAGCUGAAUAAUCGAGAAUACAAAAUAUUAACGAUAGAUGACACAAUAAAUAAGAAAAGUAGAGAAAUAUCUGUGGGAGAUCUAGUGCUACUAAAAAGAAAUGAUAUAGCUCCUGCAGAUUUAAUAGUGCUCUGUACCAGCAAUUAUAAACAAAAAUUCCAUGUAGAUAUGACUGAUAUAACUGGAGAAGCGCAAUUUGAAGUUAAAAAACCUGUAAAAGAAACCCGAUAUGCGUCUAAUUCAAAUGAUAUUUUUGAGACAGUUAAUGAGCUGUCUAAAUGCUCAGCAACAAUAAAGGUGCCUGAGGAUUCUAGCUGUGAUUUUUGAGGAUCAAUUAAACUGAAAACAAACCCAAAGUCAGUGGAAUUGAGGGAAAUAAACUAUAUAAGAAGCGGAUCCAAAAUUUUAGGGAUUGCAUGAAUUUAUGGACUAGUUAUAUACACAAACGGCGAGUUAAAGCAGAAUCAGCAGUCUUCAUACUCCUUAUCUUUAUUUGAAAAAAGUAUCAAUAAAGCGAUUUUUUAUAUGAUGAUUUUGUCAUUUUUAUUAGUGUUCUUAAGCAGCAUGAUCUGCAUUUAUGGGGUUGGGAUAUAUUUUGGUGAUAAUUCUCAAGGCUUUACGAUUAACGCUAUUAUUCUUUUCCAUGGGCUUGUGCCUCCUGUUCUCUUGAUCUGCAUCAAAAUAAUUCAAAUUAGUUUUAUCAUCAAAGUUUCAAAAAAUAAUCCCGGAAUCCUGUUCAAUAGUUUAGAUUUUUGUGAGGAAUUAGGACAAAUUGAGUAUAUUUUAACUGAUAAGACAGGAACACUUACUACUAAUGAUGUACAUAUAUCGAUUUUUGUAUUAGAUGGAUUAGGAUUAUUAAAGUCAGGCGCUAGCCAUAUUGGUCACUAAAGACCUCCCGUACGGGAGGUUCUACGCUUUUCGACUCCAGCCCAGAGGGUCUAUCCCUCUUGAGAGUACCCUUCCGGUACCUUCUGUCUCCUCCUUGCCUUGAGGCUUCAGUCUUGAGUGGGCGGCUUAUGGAUUUCUGCUGCCCUGCUACGGGUGAUUGGAGUAGCUUGAUUCCAAGGAUCACCUUGGAGUCUAUUGGGUGUCAAAGUGCCUUCCUUCGACAGCUAAAGGAAAAAGACUGUUUCCCUGUGGUCUGGGCCGAAAACCCCAGUUUCUCGGUAGAGGAAUGCCCAUGGGUCCUCGGAUCCAAAGUACGCUGUUGAGCACCUCCAUUUUCAACUACAGGAAAUCAGCCGAACCUACCCAGAUACACACCUCUUGAGCCUGCACUUGAUCUCUGCUCGGAUUCCGUCUCAGUUCGCCGUGGCCAUAAGAUCUGGACUGCUGCGCCAAGAGGGCAGAUUGGCACGCAUCACCAUUUUAAUGUAUAUUUUUGUAUUAGAUGGAGUUACUUAUUUAAGGGACUCUCCCAGUUCUAAAAAAAAUAACGAUGCGAACAAAUCUUUAUUAGAUAUUUCCAAUUUCAGUGCGUUUAUUGACUUAAAAGACGAGCUUCAGAGAUCAAAAAAAGAUGAAUUUUCGUUACCUUACUAUUUUGUUAUGUGCAUGGCUAUCUGCAAUCAAUCAAACACAACGGAAGAAAUGGACUGCAAUGUUUUGUCAAUAGAAGAUGAAGCCAUGAUAGAAGCAAGUGAGGACUUAGGACUCAGCAUAAAUUCCAGAGAAAAUAAAAUAAUCAAUUUAAGCUGCUUUGAAACAGAAAUUUCUCUAAAUGUUAUUAACUCGAAAAGCUACUCCGAAAAAACACAUAAAUCCAGGAUGAUUGUUAAGGAUUCUUUUAAAAAUGAAAUUAUUUUGUAUGUGAAAGGAACGAAAAAUGAAAUGUUGAAGUCACUUGUACUGGCUCCAAAUCUUAGACACUACUUAGAAAAUAACGCUUAUGAAAGCAAGCUGAAUGGAAAAAAGCUAUUCUAUUUAGGAUAUAAAAUUCUAAAUGAAGAAGAAGUUGAAGAAUUUGACUAUAAAUACAGAAUUGCCAAAUUAUCACCAUUAAAUAGCGAAGGAAAAAUCGAAGAUACCUUUCUUAAUUUAGAAGCUGAUUUAAAUUUUUUAGGAAUAAUUGGACUUGAAGACAAAGUCUAUGAAGAUACGAAAGAAACUGUUUCUAUUCUCUCUAGCGCUGGAAUAAAAUUUUGGAUGCUAAGUGGAGAUUCUGAAGAAAAUUCGAUUUGCGCAGGCAUUUCUGCUAAAUUAAUUGAUCAAGAUGCUAAAAUCGUAAAACUUUCAGAAAUUACUUCAGAGCUUGACUGCAUGCUUGAAAUGAUUAACCAAAUAAAAUCAACUUUUAUCAACCUAGACAUUUCAGUCAAAGACAAAAGUAUCGACAUUAACCAAGUCUAUCAUAACUUAGAAGAAAGCCUAGUAAGUAUCUCAUCUGAUGAAGACUCCAAACAUAAUAGCAGCAAUUCCACUGCGAAAAGCGAAAUAAAAACCCAUCGCUUGCAUAGAGUCCCAAGAAUUGUGUCCCAACUCGCUAAAUCCCAAAUAAAAAUUCCUUCAUUCAAGCCUUCUAUCCAUGAGCUUAUAGAUUUUACACUCUCUGUAGAUAGAAGCGCGUUAAAUUUUGCCUUAAGUUCUGAAGAAAAUCGGAAGUAUUUCGCCAUUCUAUUGGCUGCUGCUAAAAGUGUAUGCUUUUACUCUCUUUUACCUGAAGAUAAGACAAAAAUCGCGAAAUUUUUAAGAAAUAAUUUUUCUUACAACCCCACAUUUCUUGCUAUAGGAGAAGGGAAAAGCGAUUUCGGAAUGAUUCAAGAAGCCCACAUAGGGGUUGGGAUGGCUAAUUCUUCUAUAGCCUAUGCAGGGCUUUUAUCAAUAUCUCGAUUUUCUCAACUCAAGGAAUUGCUGCUAUUUCAAGGGCAUUGGAAUUAUAUAAGGAUGUCCAAUAUGGUGCUUAUAACCUUUUACAACAAUUUUUUAUUGAUAUUUAUAAUGUUUUUCCAUUGUGUUGUAGGAAGAUCAUAUGGCUAUAAGCUAUUUGGAGAUGAAAUGAUUGCAAUUUUCCUUGUAGUCUUUAUUUUGCUGCCAAAGUUGGUUGUUGGGAUUUUUGAUGAGGACUUAGAUAGAGAACAAUUGACGAAAUAUCCUCAAGUUUAUAGUAUUUAUAUGAAAAAUACGCUACUAUCAUUAUGGCAAAUUUUAUAUCUCCUUAUUAUUUCCUUUAUUCAAGCAGGGAUCAUCUAUAUCCCUAUUUUAUAUUUUACUAUCAUUGAUGAAAAUGGUACAACAAUCAGCUUAGCAAUGAUUGAAUGGCUAAUUUAUUUUUCAAUCACAGGGGCAUCUUUAUUAUUUAUCCUUAAUGAAACUCAAACUUAUAAUCGAUGAACAAUCAGUUCUCACUUGAUUUCUAUUGGAUCCUUAAUACUCUAUUCUACUCUAACCUCUUAUUUCAGCAAUAAUGAUAUCUCAGGAGCUCUAGAAAUGGCUAAAAGUUCUUACUUGUUUUUCCUCUAUAUUUUACUGACCUUAAGUUUAUGCUUUUUGGUUAUUUACACAUGAAAGAUCAGCGUAGUUUUAUUUCUUCCAACUCUAGUAGAUUUUAUCAAAGCUAUGAAAGAUUUUCAGUUAUCUGUAAAAGUUAGAUCGAAAUUUGAAAUUUUCCAGAAAAAUUUAGAAGCGAUUUAUAAAAAAACAAAAAGCAUUAGCAUGUUAAGCGAUUCUUUUGAUUUAAAUAAGCUUACUAUGAAAUUCAUAUCAGAAAUGAGAGAAGCACAAUAUGUGGAUGAAAAUAGAGGAAGCCAUACAAAAAAUUAUAAGCUUUUAAUACUCCUGCUGGAUACUUUAAUAGUGAUCUUUUUAAUUGAUUCUUAUUUUGAAGUGAGCGAUAAGCAUAGCUAUUUGACUUUUAUGCUCAUAAAUAUUUCAGUCUAUGUUUUUCUGACAAUUAUUACUUUUACAAGAUAUUUUCAUAGUCAUCAAAAAAUUAUAAUUAUUUCGCUGCCCGUUUAUUGCAUGGCGUUAUUAGCACUAGCAGGAUUUAUUUAUAAUGUGACUGAUAAUAUAGUGUUUUUUAGCUGACCACCGCUCUUUAUUAUCGGCACCAGCAUUUUUUGAAUUGAAAUGGUUUCCAUUUCUGCUUUAGUGACUCCUGUAUAUAUCACCUUAGAAAUAUUUUAUUUGGCAAAAAAUGUCCCUUAUCAUAAAGGCUUGAUUUUAUCUCUGCAGUUUUCUGUACUCUUCAUAUCAUUGACACUUUUUGCUGCUUUCAUAGCAUACUUUUCAGAAAGAUCAAACAGAAGGCGAUAUAUGCUGAUGAAAAAGGUCGAAAUUGAAGUUGAGAAAUCCCAGCAUGUUCUAAAUGUCGUCUUGCCUGCAUUCGUGAGAAAAAGAGUGAGAGAUGGAUGCCGGUAUAUUGCAGAAGACCAAGGCAUGGUAACUGUGAUAUUUUGUGAAGUUUGCGAUUUUGAAGAAAUAAUUUCUACGUAUCCAAUAACUGAAAUCUCAUAUUUUAUAGAUGACAUUUAUAAAAAAUUUGACGUUGUAUGUGAAUCGACUGGAGUCACAAAGAUCGAAACCGUUGGUAAAGUUUAUAUGGCUUGUGCAGGAUUGAAUGACAGUGAACAAGAAAUUUGUGCAUCAAUGAGAGCAAUCUCUCAUACAAGGAGGGCAAUAGAAAUGGGCUUAGGAGUUAUAAGUGCUGCUAAAAAAAUAAGAUUACGUAAAGGAAAAGGUUUACAAGUCAAAGUUGGCAUCCACACAGGAACUGUUGUAGCUGGUGUAGUUGGAUUUCAUAAACCUCAAUUUUCACUUGUUGGGGACACUGUAAAUACUGCAAGUCGAAUGGCAUCCACUAUCCUAAAGCCAGACAAAAUCCAAAUUUCUGAAGAAACUUACCGCUAUCUUACAGACAAAAGCAGCUUGAAAUUCAAAACCCAGACAAUCCAGGUCAAAGGAAAAGGCUUCAUGAAAACCCACUAUGUAAAGCCCAGCGCAUUUGAAGAAGUCAUAAUUAACCACCAUCCUCCUAAUUAUCAUUUUUCAAUGCCAGAAUUAGGAGGAAAAAAUUCACCUAAAAAAACUAAUGAAGCUCCUCACACUGGGAUAUCAGCUAUGAAAAGACAGUCAGUGGUAUUUUCUGAGCUGGACUUAGAAGACCCUACAGAGCUCUUUGAGAGAAAAGAAUCAAGCGUUAUUGAGCCAGUAAGGCUACUAUCAUGAAGGUUUUUUGAAAAUGAAAAAGAAAAAGCACUUAGAAUGCAGAUGACAGAGAGUAGCUAUCCAAUCUUGGCAGGAGGAAUCUUGAUUAUUGUUGUGUGCAAUGCAUUAUUGGCAUUGUUUAGUUUAUUUUAUGCAAUAUUUGAUAUAGAUGAAGAAGAUUUCUAUCUUGAUACUAUUUUUUAUUUAGUUCAGUGUCUUACUUUCUCUGGAAUAUUAGUUUUUCUAAAAAGAAAUUAUAAAAAAUACCUAUUUGCAUGGCUUUUACAGCUUUUUUAUUUAAUAGCUAUUGUAUGGAAUGUACUUUUAAAUAUUAGGUCAAAAAAUAUUUAUGAUGAAAUUGUUUGUGAAGCGUAUGCCCUUUUUAUGAUUCUCGCUAUGAAUCAAUGCUCCUGCAGCUUUUUUAAGAACACUUUUCUUGCAACAAUCCUAGUAUCAAUUCUUCACAUAAUCACUUUAAUUGUAAUUGACUACAAUUACCUCCGCCACCACAUCCCAUUUACAGUAUUUUUCGUAGCUGUUUCACUGUGUACAUCUUACCAUAGAGAAGACGAUUUACGGACCUCUUUCGCAUUAGAACAAUAUGCCAGUAAAGAGCUGAAGAAGACUGAAAACCUGCUUACACAGAUGAUGCCACCUCACGUGUAUCGCAAUUUAAAAGAAGAAGUGGCUAAUACUGACACCAUAAUGGACGUCACUAUUUUAUAUGCAGAUAUUGCUGGGUUUACGGCUUGGUCUUCUGAUCAUAAUGCUAGUGAGGUAAUUGGCAUGCUUUCUGAGGUUUAUACAAGAUUUGACAAAAAAUGUGUAGAAAAUAAUGUAUAUAAGGUCCAUACAAUUGGAGAUUGUUAUGUAGCAAUAGGAUUUGUGGGGAAUGAUAAUAGAGAUUCUGAAAGAGAAUGCUUAAAUAUAAUAAAAUUUGCACAAUCAUUAAAUACGAUUAUUGAUGAUGUGAACAAAGAAUUAUUUUUAAAUUUAUCAAUGAGGAUUGGAGUCCACACGGGAAAUAUUAUUGGAGGGAUUGCUGGGACUAAUAUAGUUAGAUAUGAUAUAUAUGGAGAUGAUGUAGUUAUCGCGAAUAAAAUGGAAAGUUAUGGAGUUCCUGGUUGGAUAAACGUUAGUGAAACAACAAAAAAUUUAAUAGAAAGCUAUAAGCCAGGGAUGUUUAAGUUUGAACCUCGUGAAGAGGUCGAAAUUGAUGCAAUAAAACGAUCAGUUAAGCCGUUUCUUAUAGUUUAG